AUUAAAUGGACGCGACGAUAAAACAAGCUAUUUCGGCCAUUAUGCCACCGGUAUUCGAUAGCAACCAUCAGCGGUUCGUCCGCCAACUACGAACAUACAUAACUGCGAUGGACGUACCCGAAUCCAAAAGAAAAACAAUAAUAUUAACAUGUUUGCCACCACAGAUUUAUUCCGCACUAGAAGAACUAUGCUUGCCUGCAUACCCUGAAGAUGACUCAGUUACCUACGAAGACAUCGAGGAAAACAUCAUGAAGCUUUUUAAACCGAAGUCAUCGUUAAUACUACGCUUUGAAUUUGCAACUAUAAAAAAAGCAAGUAACGAAAAUGUGACAGAAUUUUCACGACGUAUUACAAGAGCUGCUGAAGGAUGCAAAUUUACGGAUAGAGAUGAUCGAAUGCGCGAUCAAUUCAUCACAGGUUUUAACGAUGGUGUUACAAUCAAACGGUUACUACUGGAAACUGAAGAACUAACUUUUGAAAAGGCUGUGGAAAUAGCUGUUACCCUUAAACGAGUAACCCAGGAAGCUCGACAAUUAGAUGGUUCCGAGAAUGAUUGGCGCAACAUCGUUACUUUCACGGACGUCUGGUGCGUCCGACAUAAACAAAGUUAAAUGUUUCAAUUGUGGAAAACUUGGACAUUUUGCAAGGAACUGCGAUGAAAAAUGCAAGACUUGUUCACACGAUCAUCAAGCUAAAAACUGCUUUAAACGAUUGCAAGGUUUAAAAGGAAAAGGGAGAAUCUGGAAAUAAUAGCAUCCAGUAUUCUCCCAGAAAUGACGUUGCCAUCAUUAAAAGUGAAAAUAAAAGGCUCCGAACAGCAUUAAUUGAUUCUGGAUGCUCCAUUAAUGUGGUUCAUGCUGAGUCCGCGCAUGAGCUGUGUUAAAAAGUCAAAAACUUAUCACAACUGUGCAAGUGCUGGGUGAAAUGGUAAUCAAUCUGGAAAUUGAUGGAAUACACCGGAUGAUUAAUUCUCUGGUUGUAAAAGAAAAACCAUUUGGGUUUGAUUUGAUUUUUGGAAUGAAUGCAAUUAAAAAAUUUGGAGGAGUUAUCAUUUAUGGUAAUAAAAACUGUAACGUCCGAAUGUUAGCAUGUGACAAAGCGAAAUGUGGUGCCGUUACUACGACGAGAAAAAACGAAAACGAAAUAAACGAAUUAAAAAUUGAUGUUAUUAAUACGACAAGAAAAAGCGAAAACGAAGUACAAAAAAUAAAAUGUGAUGUCAAAAAUACAACAAGAAAUGAAGAGAACGAAAGAAACGAAAUAAAACAUCAGGACUUCACAGCAAAGUUCGACGGAUAAAAAUGGACGGCAUCAUGGAACUGGAUUAAAGAGCCUGUAAUUGAUAAUACCAUUUGUGAAUACAAGAUGAACCAAGAGCACGAACGUAGUUACCGUAAAGAAAUACGUGAAUGGAUUGACUCUGGUAUUCUUGUACCAUAUAACGAACUAAUAUUGGGACCACCAAAAGUAUUGAUACCGCUUAUGUGCGUAGUGCAAGAAAACAAGGACAAAAAGGUACGUCCAGUGGGAGAUUUCCGAGCUCUCAACGAAUUUGUAAAUUGUCAUACGGCAAAUGCGGACGUUUGUCAAGAAAAACUGCGUUGCUGGAGAAAAAUAAAAAAUGCAAAAAUUCUCGAUCUUAAAAAAGCCUACCUCCAAAUUCAUAUUGAUAAAAAACUUUGGCCAUAUCAAACGGUGAUUAUAAAUGGGCAACGGUAUUGUUUUACCAGGAUGUGUUUUGGCAUCAAUGUGGCUCCAACAAUAAUGACCACAAUUCUUCGGCAUGUGCUCAAUUUAAAUCCAACCGUAAAGAAAGCAUGUGAUAACUACAUUGAUGAUAUAUUUGUGGAUGAAAGUGUGGAAACUGCGAAAAAUGUAGCGAAGCAUCUGCUUAAAUUCGGAUUACAAUGUAAACCUCCACAAGAUCUUGAACAAGGACGUGUCUUAGGAUUGAGAGUCGAAAGAAAUAAAAAUGGGGAACUGAUAUGGAAACGAGACAAUGUGGUACAAUUCGAAUCUUUAAAUGCAGUCACACGAUCACAGCUUUUCAGCCAGUUAGGCAAACUUAUUGGACAUUAUCCAGUGGCAGGAAGUUUGCGUUUACAAGCUUCAUACAUCAAACGUUUAGCUGGAAAUAUACCUUGGCGUGAUUUUAUUUCUGAAGAUUGUAAAGAAAAACUGAAAGAGUUGCUUUACCGUGUGGAAAAAGAGGAUCCGGUUGGUGAAAAAUGGCUGGUACCAGUUAAUGGAAAAGCUGAACUUUAUUGUGAUGCAUCAUCUAUAGGACUUGGGGUAGUUCUGCUCAUUGGUGGAGUAGUUGUUGAAGACGCAGCAUGGCUACGGCCAGCGAGUGACACACACCAUAUCAAUAUAAGUGAACUGGAUUCUAUACUUCGAGGACUAAACUUAGCUAGUAAGUGGGGCAUAAAAGAGUUAACAGUAUACAGUGAUAGCAAGAGCACCGUAGGAUGGUUAAACGCAGUUUUGAAGGAAGAAUAUCGUGUAAAAACUCGGGGAAUUUCUCAAUUGUUAGUACAAAGACGAUUGAAUACUAUUAAGGAAGUGGCAAAAGAUAUUCAGAUCGCAGUACAAUGGAUUCCAUCUGAGAUAAAUUUGGCUGAUCGACUCUCACGAAUCCCUCAAAAAUGGUGCAGAACAGUGUGUGCAGCUGGAUUACUUGAACAAAAAGACAUAUGGAAAAUUCAUUCAAUUGGUCAUUUUGGUGUUGCUCGAACAUUACAACUUUGCUUGCGAAAUAAUCAGAAUGUAUCACGUAAGGAGGUUUCAGCAGUAAUUGCGAAUUGUAACCAGUGUAACUCCAUUAAUCCUUACUCCGUAAAGUGGAAGAAUGGCCAACUAAGCGUAGAAAAAAAUUGGAAUUGGGUUGCCAUUGACGUGACGCAUGUAGGUGCUGAACUGUACUUAUCAAUGAUUGACUGUGGUCCAUCACGGUAUACAAUAUGGCGUAAACUUGCAACUAAAGCAGCUGCUGAAGUUAUUGGUAGACUCGAAGAAAUAUUCUCUUUAUUUGGUCCGCCAGUAUGUCUUUUAAUGGACAACGAAUUUCGGUCCAACACGUUAACAAGUUUUGCUGAAGAAUGGCAUGUUAAUUUGGAAUAUCGAGCAGCACAUCGAGCUCAAGGUAAUGGUAUAGUUGAACGUAUACACAGAACGAUAAAAAGAACGGUCGCUUGCUCACAUUGUUCAAUUGCUCUGGCAGUCUUGCUGUACAACGAGACAAUAUCAUCCAAUUGUACUGAAAGUCCAUCCAAGCAAUUCAAGAAAAGAUCAACAUGUUUCAUCCCAGGCGUCGAUACUCGGAGGAAGGUAGACGAAAAAGGCGUAAGCAAGAAAUUCAAAGUGGGUGACAAAGUUUGGGUAAAACCAACUCAAGAAACAAAAUGUGACCAGCCGUGGAUACCAGGCGUAGUACGAAAGCAAAAUACUUUGUCGUUUGACGUGGAAACUGCGAAUCGGGUAUAUCCGCGUCACAUUUCACACCUGCGUCGCCGUACAGACGUACAGAGUUCAAAUGAAUCAGUCAACGAUGUUUUUUAUAGACUAAACGAUAAAACUGAUAACGUUAAAGGAAGUAAUAAUGAUGAUGUCGCUCAAGUUCAAAAUGAUUCUCAAGAACUCAACGUGCUGCAAGUAACACGCUCCGGACGAACAAUAAAGCCCCCACAAAGAUUAGACUUAUGAGUUAAUUCACCAAAAGGGCAUGUUCUAUUAUUAUGUUGGUGAAUUGUACGUGUUAGAAAUCACGUAGAUGCGUGUUGAAAGUCACGCAUCUACGUAAGUUGUUUCAACUGUAGUUAACAGUAUAUUCUCAUGGGACUUUUUAAUUUAAUAUAUAUAGAGAAAAGAUUUUUGUAUAGGAUGUUAGAAAGAAUAUAUAAAGCUAUAGAUUAUAAA